AUGGAUUCAGUCUCUGAGGACCGUGCUGUGCUGAUGAGUGAGGAGGACCUGGAGACUCUCGUGAAGACACACGAUCGUGAAGAAGAUGAAAGCACUGAGAAUAAACCAGAAAUGAAGGCGGCAGACCAAGUGAAGGAAAUCAUUGACAAAACUGGGCCCAAACAUGAAAAAAUGCUUGAAUUGGUUGAAAGCAGCGCUGACUCAGAAAUUCCUGUUGAUUUGGACUACGCCAGCGACAGCACCAGCUUCCACCCCAUCAAUAUCGUACAAGUCAAAGAGAUGGAUGAAAAACCCCUGCCCGAUGUGGACGAAGUAAACAGCCAAGCGGUUCAAAAGAAUGAGGCCAAAUCUAAAGAAAAAGAACAUGAUAAAUUCAAUAUUGACAAACACGAGAUCAAAGAUGAGGAACAUGACGCUGCAGAGAUUCAGAAUGACAUGCCGGUGGGAGAGGUGGAGGAGGGGAAGAACGACAGCAACGUUCAAGGCAGCAAGAAGCAAAGGAAGCAGAAGAAGAAGCAGCGAUCCAAGAAGCAGUCUCCUCAAAAAGACGAGCCCCAGGUUGGAGUAGAGGCGACCACGCAAGAACCGGUCAAGUCCGAGGGAAAUAGCACCGACACUGCAGCACACAAGACCAAGAGGAGGAGGGCCGGCAAAUGGGGGCCUUUGAUUGGAGUGAACCCUGUGCAGAUCCGCGCCACUGUGGACCUCUACCCCGGCUCCAGGGCCGCUCUGGCUGGAGUCACACAUGACCUCGAAACCUCCGAUCCCUGCGACAACUUCCGCUGUAAACGUGGGAAAACGUGCAAACUGAGUGAUGACAAUAAGCCGGGCUGUGUGUGCCAAGUGGCUUCAGAGUGUCCUCCCAGUCUCAGCGAGCUGGAUCGUGUGAAAAAAAUCUUUGAGAGCGAGAGGCGCCUUCGUGCCGGUGAUCACCCGGUGGAGCUGCUUGAACAAGACUUUGAUAAGAACUACCACAUGUACAUCUACCCCGUGCACUGGCAGUUCGCACAGCUGGACCAACACCCUUCUGACCGACAGCUGUCCCACUCAGAGCUGGCUCCUCUGAGGGUGCCGUUGGUUCCCAUGGAGCACUGCACCUCCCUCUUCUUCCAGGAGUGUGACUCGGACAAAGACAAGCAGGUGUCAUUCAAAGAGUGGACCUCCUGUUUUGGCAUCAAAGAAGAGGAUAUGGACACCAGCUUGUUGUUCUGA